AGGGCCUUCCCCAAACUGUAGCCACAAAGUUGGAAGCACAGAAUCGUCUAGAAUGUCAUUGUAUGGUGUUGUGUUAAGAUUUCCCUUCACUGGAACUAAGAGGCCUAGCCUGAACCAUGAAGACCAGCCCCAGACCAUUAUUCAUCCUCCAUCAAACUUUAUAGUUAGCACUAUGCAUUGGAGCAGGUAGCGUUCUCCUGGCAUCCACUAAACCCAGAUUUGUUCAUCGGUCUGUCAGAUGGUGAAGCGGGAUGCAUCACUCCAGAGAAUGCGUUUCCACUACUCCAGAGUCCAAUGCCGGAAAGCUUUACACCCCUCCAGCCGACGCUUGACAUUGCGCAUGGUGAUUUUAGGCUUGUGUGCGGCUGCUCGGCCAGGGAAACCCAUUUCAUGAAGCUCCAGAUGAACAGUUCUUGUGCUGACGUUGCUUCCAGAAGCAGUUCGGAACUCGGUAGUGAGUGUUGCAACAGAGGACAGACAAUUUUUAUGCGCUAUGCCCUUCAGCACUCGGCGGACCCGUUCUGUCAGUUUGUGUGGCCUACCACUUCGCGGCUGAGCUGUUGUUACUCCUAGACAUUCCACUUCACAAUAACAGCACCUACAGUUGACUAGGGUAGCUCUAGCAGUGCAGAAAUUUGACAAACUGACUUGUUGGAAAGGUAGCAUCCUAUGACCGUGCCACGAGUGCUGUCAUUAAGGCCAUUCUUCUGCCAAUGUUUGUCUAUGGAGAUCGCAUGGCUGUGUGCUAAAUUUUAUACACCUGUCAGCAACGGGUGUGGCUGAAAUAGCCAUAUCCACUAAUUUGAAUGGGUGUCUUCAUACUUUUGUAUAUAUAGUGUAUGUAUUGUGUGCAUACUAUUACUGUAUCUGUGAAAUACACUUUUUAUCAUUUAAUUUCAUCUAUCAACUGAGUCACUUCAUUUUAUAGAACAUUUUUGACUGUAGGCAAUAUUGCUGCAGUUUGGGUUAAUUCUGUCGUUUCUGUGAUGAAGUAUUUGAUUGCAUAAAAUCUUCCUCAUGAUCAGCAAGAAAAGCCUCAAGUCAUGGAGUUAACUGCAGAGGGGCUCUUGUGUGUUUAAUUCCCUUGUGAAAGCUACUUAAUAUUCAUAGCACAUGCCCAUUGUGGAGAACUCCAGUAUGCCGUACCAUAAUAACCUCUGUAGAGUGUGUCAUUAUGUUCUUUGAGCUUCAGAGACACUCCUGUGAAGGGGCAUUCACAGGUAGCUACCACACAUACACCACAACAUUAAUAUCUUACUGUAAAAAACACUUUAUGGUCAAAUAACAUCAUUAGCUGACAAAAUGAUUGUUCCACUUUGUAGAAACCCGUAUCUCAUGACAUCAUUCUGAGCACGGAUGGUGGAAAUUCGAUGAGAGUCAAUAGAAGGUGUGGGAAGAGGGGACUGCCCCCAGCGAGGCUUCCCCAGGCAGUCAGUGGGAGUCUGACUCCAGUCCUGCUCCUGUGGCUAGCAGACCUGUCCGUCUGGCUGGACCGGUCACAGGAGUCAGCUAUGAAGUGAAUGAAAAGGUUUUCUUUCAUCAGCACAUAAUAGAUAACACAAGGGAAGAAAUAUUAUAUACACCCUCUGUAGGGAGACACCUAAAAGCUGCUUUAUUUUGGAACACAAGUUGACAUGAGGAUUUGAAAGUUGUCAGCUGUGCACUUCAGGGUAAGAAGUGGCGAUUAUCUCGAGGAAACAGGAUCAUGGCUGUGAGAGACUGAAAGGAUCUGUCAGCAGAGCAGAACGCUUGGAGCAGAGAGAGAGGCAAUGUGAGCAGAGAGAGGCAAUGUGAGCAGAGAGAGGGGAGGAAGUUGAGAGCGAGGGAGGAGUUGUACGAGAGGGGGAGGAGGAAGAUAAGAGAAUCUGUUAUAAGUUGGAGGUAAUCAUUCAUAUUUUAGGAUAUGAAGUGUGAAGGGUGAGUUGUCUUUUUUUAUCACCACUAUCAUUAUUUCAUCAUUUUUAGUGGUUAUGAUCUCUUUAGUGAUUAUAUAUCAUAUCUCACUCAGAGCUAUUUGUUCCUUAUGUCAACAAGGACUUGUGACAUGUAUGUGAAAGGCUGGGAACUUUUUUUGCCUGUGUUUUCAAGAUCAUUCCCUUGAAGAUAUAUCUGUGUCACAGCCCAAGCUGUUUGUGGAAAUUACCUUAUUUAACUGAUUCUGGACAAUGCUUUCAAUUUUUUAUUUUACCUUUAUUUAACUAGGCAAGUCAGUUAAGAAUAAAUUCUUAUUUUCAAUGACAGCCUAGGAACAGCGGGUUAACUGCCUUGUUCAGGGGCAGAACGACAGAUUUGUCCCUUGUCAGCUCGGGGAUUUGAACUUGCAACCUUUCGGUUACUAGCCUAAUGCUUUAACCACUAGGCUACCCUGCCACCCCAAUGAGAUCUAAUGUGAGAAUCAAGAUUCAUUGGCGACUGCAUUUCUCUCAGAAGAAACAGAGGUAUUGAAAAGGAGACUUCUACCGCACACAAUUUUCCAGUAACAAUUAGCAUAUCAUUACUAGCUAGUGUAAUUGGUGUCAUGACUUUGGCUGGAUCUGUGCUGCCCUAGUAGUGUUUGUACUAGUUCAAACGACAAUCCUCAUUCCCAAAGACCGAGGAGGCUACAUACUGUACGGCCAUGUCAAACUCCCAGGAACAGAGUCUGAAUAAGGACGUGAUAUUUCUGCCUCUGUCUGAGUCCAGCCCGGAGUACCUUCACUGCGAGAGGGAGCGCUAUGCGCUAGAACGCCUGCUGAGUGCGGGCCCCGAGGCCUUCUACACCACGCUGAGUGCAGAGCACCUCGUACCCUUCCUCUCCCCAGAGGAGGUGAACCAGAUCAGUGGCAGGGUCAAGGACUACCAUAGCAGCUAUGAGGAGUUGGAGGGGGCUGAGGAGGAUGGCAGCUCAGGGGUGCAAGACUUCUCUGCCAGGUACUUCCCCACCCACUCAGACUUCCCUCCACCUUGCCUGGAGCUGGGCUGGCCUGAGGGGGUCACCUGGGUGGGAAUGGGACGCGCCAUGGUCUACACCAGCCCACCUGCAGAUGAACAACCUCCUGUCAGAGAGAUCAUCAGAAGACUACUGCAGGGGGCUAGCAAGGUUAUUGCCAUGGUGACAGACAGACUGACAGAUAGCACUGUGAUUGGGGAUCUACGCACUAUCGCUUCACGGGGAGUCCCUGUUUACAUUGUCCUGAACCAGAGAUCCAGCCAGGAGAACCUCCCCCCUCACAGGCUGAGGCAUCCGAAUAUACAGGUUCGUGUUCUUGGAGGAAAGACCUUCUGUUCACGGGAGGGAAAGAUAGUGAUGGGGGAAUUGAAGGACAACUUCCUCCUGGUGGAUUUGGAGACAGUGGUCAAUGGAAGCUACAGCUUCACAUGGUCAGACGCUCACCUGCACCGGCAGCUGGUGACGGUGCUGAGUGGCCCGGUGGUGGAAUCCUUCGACCGAGAGUUCCGGAUCCUCUUUGCAGCCUCACUUCCAGUUCCAGACACAUGGAAGACCGCUAAGGCCCUAAUAGAUGAGCCCCAUCACCACUCAGUGCUCCUGGACCUCAACAACCGGCCCAAGUAUUUCCCCAUGGAGCCUAUCAACAGCCUCCCUCCUCCCCCACCUGCAGACUACACCCUGGAUUGGGAGGCCCUGGGCGUCAUCCACAGAGGAAGUCCUGUCAAUCAACAAGGUGAACCCAUGGACAUGAAUAUGAACAUGGAGGACCCAUUACAACAUUUUACAGCAGUGAACAAAAAGCCACCUUUUGGGGAGGAGUUUUGUCCGAAGGAGGUUGAUCACCUCACAACUACGCAUGUGUAUGAGGGGAGAAUAUGGGCCAACAAUAUCAAUUUGGAGACUGAAAUUCAGCUGGAUAAUCAGACGACUUUUAACGGAGCUUUACCCUGUCAGAAAGAGAACCAACCGUCCACUGAAACAGAAACCCAACACAGGGUCCAACCCAAAACAUAUGGCGGACACCUCUCCAAACAGAAGAGCUCUGAAGUUGAUGAGAAAGAGUCUGUGGGGCCCAGUGAAAACAAAAUGGAGACAGGCCCACGAGAAGAAGCUGUGGGCUUUCCCUCCAGAGAGAGAAGAGAUCGUCCAACUAGAAGGGAAGAUGUUAUGGCAGAGGAGUUAGGCACAGAGGCAACUGAAUCUAGAGUCAACUCUGGUGCUGAUAGCCCCUCUACCUCUAGGAGACCUCUGAUACUGAAGGUGCCUCAAAGUGAAAGCUUCAGCUCUUUGAGUGACAUCAUGAGGAGGCUGCAACCUCGUCAGAGCUCUUCAACCCAGCUAAGGAGGGGUGCUAAGACCACCGUGUCAGAACUCAGCAGUUCCAUGAUGGACCUGAGUGUGAUGCAUACAGACCCAGGCUUUAAAGAGAAGGGAACAUCUGUGCCACAAGCCAGUGUAAGUUACUUUGACCCUAUUCGAAUGACCCCAGCCUUCGCCCUGAUGAGGAAGAGGAAUGAUGAGUUUAAAACGGGGAUCCUUAGGCCUCCCAAAACCUUUCUGCCUCCUACCACCAGGCCUCGCAGUGGCAGCGUUGGACUCCAGAGGGACUGGAGAAGGCCACAGAGUGACUUGGAUCGAGGGAAGGAGGAUAGAAAGUGAUUGAGUAAAGAGGAUGGAAGAGAACGAGGAAAUGUCACUAUGCGAACGGGACAGACAAUGGUAGCUGCAUUGAGAGCAGAGUCUAGUGUUGAAUCACACAGACAAAUUUGAUGUGCAUCUUCAGUGAAAAUGGUUACUGUAUUUACCUGGAAGAUGAAGCAGGGAAGCCAUCUGUUAAGGACAGCAGUUUGAAAUGGAAUGUAAUGUAAUGUAAUGGAUGUGAAAAAUGUAAAUCAUCUCUCAUAAUACCGACGUUGUAGGUCCUACAAGAUGAUAAAAUGCUUAGCAGAACAAAUCUAAAACAGCCACAGUAUUCAUGGUUUCAGGCCCCACGCAAAUGUAUACAUACCGGUCUUUGACUACAACAAUAGAUUUCUUGACAUAUUCCUUUGUUUCUUAUGGAAUAUUGGAUUAGGACUGUUUUUCAUUAUAGGUCAAACUGAAUAAAAUAACCUUUCAUAAUGUUAA